CGCUGUUAUCGCAACGCGUCACCCCGCGGGCUUGCGUUCCCCUUCCUUUAAAGGGCGUCCGGCUGCUCCCGCGGCUGGGUUGCGCAUCCCAACUGCUGCUAACAUUUGGAUAUUGUUGAACGGUGUAGGAUUGCAAUUGCAAGAAGAGACGCUCGAGUAUUCUUGUUUGGUUAUCUGUCCAAUAAUCCUUGGUUGCCGUGUUUUGGGCCAUCCUUUCUUUACAGGACCCGCUAGCAUGGCCGAGUCCAAAUCCAUCACCGCCCGCUUCGGCGAGCUGGCAAGCUUCCUCGCCUCCAUCAAGGGCGACCUCUCCAACGUCACCGGGCCCACGUCCUUCCUGGCGCCCAAGUCGGUCGUCGAGGUCGGCCACUGCUGGGCCGAGCGGCCCCGCGUCUUCGCAGCCCCCGCCUUCGAGGACGACCCGGCCCGUCGGGCCCUCGCCGUCCAGCGCCUCGUCCUCGUCGCCCUGCGCCCCGAGGUCUACGUCGCCGCCGCCCCGGGCGUCAGCAUCAAGAAGCCGCUCAACGCCUUCCUCGGCGAACUCUUCCUAGCCGGAUGGACGGACAACGGCGAUGAUGCCAGCGCGGCAUCGACAGAACCCAAGACGGACGACAAGAAGAGCAAGAAGGAGACGGCGAUGACGACAACGACAACGACAACAACAGCAUUGCCGCCGACGGCCACCCGCACGACCACCCGCCUCGUCGCCGAGCAGGUCAGCCACCACCCGCCCAUCACGGCCAUGCACAUCGCCAGCGCGCCCGAGCACGGCGUGCGCGCCGACGGCUACGCGCGCGUCGAGAUGACCUUCAACGGCAGCGUCAACAUCCGGCAGGUCGGGCACGCCAUCGUGCGCGUCGACAGGCACGACGAGGAGCACCUGAUCCCGCUGCCCGACGUCAAGGUGCGCGGCUUCCUGAGCGCCUGCCUGUACCCCGAGGUGCUCGGCACCUACCACAUCGUGUCCAGCUCCGGCCACGUCUCGGAGCUCAAGUUCACGGGCGCCGGCGUGCUGCGCGGCAAGCGCAACUCGUUCGAGGCCCGCCUGUUCCACAAGUCGGACCCCAAGAAGACGCUCUUCAAGACGGCCGGCUGCUGGAGCGAGAGUUGGACCGUCAAGUGCGGCAAGACGGGCGCCGUCGUCGAAAGGUACGACGUGGACGCGCCCGAGAACGCCCCGGCCCCCAUGGAGGUGGCGCCCCUCGACGACCAGGACCACUGGGAGUCGCGGCGCGCCUGGGCCGGCGUCAUCGCGGGCCUCGGCGCCGGCGCCGACCACAAGGCCGCGGCGGCCGAGAAGACCAAGCUCGAGCAGGCGCAGCGCCGCAUGCGUGCCGGCGAGCUCGAGCGUGGCGAGCAGUGGGAGCCGCUGCUGUUCGCGAGCUCCGACGGCGCCGACCACGAGCCCUUCCACCGCCUGACCGAGGGCACCGACUGGGAGCUGCACGACGCCCGCACAAAGGGCGUCUGGCGCCUGCGCGGCGACCGCCUCGCCGAGCUCAAGAAGCCGUGCCGGGGUGGCCUGACGCCGCUCGGUUGAUGGGCUGGCUGCUUUUAACGCCCGUUUAUGACUUGUGGGAUUUUCUUUUCAUCCGUGUCUAUCCAUGUUGCCUUUACACAGGUCUGGCUUCUUUCUUUUCCUGUCUCGCUAGCGCCGGCGUUCUGAUACUUGGACCUCUGUCCCUGUGGGCUUCCAUCAUUCUCUUGGAUCAUACACUUUGGAAUUAUCAUGACAAUCCGGGGCGCUCGCCUCCUGGCUAUUAUAAU